GACCACCGUCCUAACCACAAUCGAGACUUGCACAAUAUGGAUGGGCGUCUACGUGCUCCAUGGACUUAUGGACUCGAUGGGGUUUGCGCCACGCUAUCGCUCUUUGCAGCCGAAGUAUAAAAAGAGCUGCUGCGAGUGCAUCUCCUCUCGUCCCCCUCAGAUCUCGGAGUGCAUCAAUCCCCAUAUACAUAUCCGAAGCCAUGCUCUCCCUCAAGCUCAUCUCGGCGGUCCUCCUCGCGACCGCUCAACUCAUCUUCGCCGUAACAGUCCCGCCCCCCGACGCGGUAAUCGUGUCCCAAAACCCAAUCUCAACCUACAAGGGUGCCGUAGCAGCUGUCGGCAACCGCACCGUCUUCCCAUCCCUCAGCGCCGCCAUCAACUCAACCAACCCCAAACUCGCCGCCUACAUCUUCCUCUACCCCGGCACCUACAAAGAGCAAGCCAUUAUCCGCCGCAAAGCGCCCCUCCGCGUGGUCGGGUACAGCCCAGCCGACACAGACUACCGCGCCAACACGGUCCUCAUCACCGCGUCCACCAACGCCAUCGUCGUCGGCUCCAACGACAAAAGCGCCACCAUCUCCGUCCAUAAUGACGACACGGUGUUGCAGAACAUCAACGUCGAGAACAGCUGGGUGGGCAACCAGGCCAUCGCGUUAUCCCUGUACGGGGCCCGGAUCGGAGUGUAUGGGUGUCAGCUGCUCGGGUGGCAGGAUACACUGCUCACGAACGACGGGACGCACUUUUUUGGGAAAACCCUCAUCGUGGGCGCGGUUGACUACAUCUUUGGCCAACGCUCGCGCGCGUUUUUCCAGAAAUGCGAUAUGACAUCUUCCCGCAGCGGGUGGGUGACGGCCUCGGGGGUCGACACCGUCAACAACACGGGUGUGUACGUGUUCAACUACUGCACGGUGGGCAAGACCAAGAACGCCGAGGCGACUGCCGAGGGCGGCGUUUACCUCGGCAGGCCGUGGAGGGAGUACGCACACGUCGUGUGGAUGAGGUCCAAUCUGUCGUCGGUUAUUAACCCGGCCGGGUGGGCCAAGUGGGGUGCAACUGAUAACCCGGUUCAUACGCAGUACUAUGAGUAUAAUAAUGUGGGGCCUGGGGCGGACCUUAGCAAGCGAGUCAACUUUUCGCGGACUUUGACCAUUGCAGAAGCGAAGAAGUAUGAGAUUGCGAAUGUUUUGGGGACGCCUGCUUGGUGGGAGACGAGGUAUCAGUGAGUAGCAUAGAUAGUGUAGGACCCUAUGUAGCUGGGCAACGUCGCGCAGGAUUUCCGUGUAGGUUGCGUGGGGUUAGCACACAAUUCUAAUUUAUGCUCUAAUGCAUCCUUGCCGUGAGUACAAUUGCUCGAAAACGCAUCGCUUGGAAGCACAGGCCUCUCUACCUCGAACUCCCAGAACGCCCGAUCAAGUGGCCCGGCGUGCGGAGUUUGUGGUGUGGG